AGUAAUGUCAGUUUGGCAUUGGCAUGGCAAAACAAAAAAAAAUUAAGCGGGAAAGCACUAUUUACCAAUUAAUUAAUGUACAAUAGUUUAAACAGUACAUUACCCACAUAUUCUUAAAGACAAGCUAUGGAAUCCUUACAAGCACUUCAGGAUUUCAUAAAAACUAAGGACAACUUUCAAAAUUUUGUGAAUUCUUCAGAGGUUCCUUCUGUUUGUAAAACCGAACCAUGUAUGCUUGGGGUGGAUGAGGCGGGACGUGGGCCAGUGCUAGGACCCAUGGUGUAUGGCGUAGCUUACUGUCCCUUGAGCCAAACGAGCGUUCUGAAGGAUCUAGGGUGCGCUGACUCGAAGGCGCUAACGGAAGAGAAACGAGAUGAUAUAUUUACGAAAAUGCUCACUGAAGAGGCCUCUUUAAAUAAUGUGGGCUGGGCUGCAGAGAUUAUAUCUCCUAAUUACAUAUCUAAUUCUAUGUACAGGCGAGCGAAGCACUCACUAAAUGAGGUGUCAAUGAACUCGGCAAUAGACCUAAUCAAGAAAGUGGCAGAAUCUGGAGCUAACAUUACAGAGGUGUAUGUGGAUACAGUGGGACCUCCGGAGAAGUAUCAAGCCAAACUGAGUGAAAUCUUUCCAAACUAUAAAAUAACUGUAGCAAAAAAAGCUGACUCCAUAUAUCCCAUAGUAUCAGCGGCUAGUAUUGUAGCCAAGGUGACGAGGGACCAUGCACUGAAGGUCUGGCAAUUUAAGGAGGGGCUAAAGAUGACACAUGCUGAAUUUGGCAGUGGAUAUCCUGGAGACCCCCUAACAAAGAAGUUCAUCAGAGAGCAGAUUGACUAUGUGUUUGGAUACCCAAUGCUUGUGCGCUUCAGCUGGUCUACAGCUGAGCUGAUGCUGCAAGACAAAGCCGCUACCUGUACAUUCGAAGAAAUUGAUGACGAACUUCCUAAGAAAAAAGUGAAAUCAAUCAGUUCUUUUUUCUCUGUGAAAUCUGAAGAUGGAGAGAAGAAAAGGAAGAGGCAUAAAUUCUUUGAGGAAAGGUACUUGUCUAUGGAUAAUGCGUUUGAAUAAAUCUAGUCUAGUAAAAUAAAGUGGUACUGUAAUAUAAUGAAUCAUUUGUACACUAGUAAGUCAAUUAGUAUUUGGAAAUCAAAUUAUCACAUUUCUUAUUGGAAUAUACCGUCUGUUAGUAUAAUCUUAUGUAAUCUUUUGCAUUGUAAGGCAAUUCAUUAUCAAAAACAUUAUUUUAUUUUAUUGAUAGGGCGUCCAUUAAUUACGUGAGGUAUUCAGGGGGAGGCCGGGUAGAGGGGGUAAAAAAAUCCUCAAAAACAUUCACGCCAUUAAUGGACGCCCCCUUAUACUUGAUUAAAAUCAACUUUGAAUACCUAUAGUGUAAUACAUGAACGCAAUAAAGAACUGAUAAAAUAUA